CCAACAUGGCGCAGGAAGCAGGUCGCUAAUGGAAGUCUGAGGGAUUUACCCCACCUUCUGUGCGUGCGUGCGUUUGGCGUUGAUGUCCGUCUGUGCGGGGCCGUGCGGCGGUGGACGUCCGUGAGGGGGGGAAACUUCAUCUCUGCUCGAGGCCGGCUGCAGCCCCCCUCCUCACACCCCCUCUCCCCCCACCUCCCUCCCUCGGGACCAGGCACACACCGACCGACACACACCUCGCCCCAAAUUCCGGUGCGACAUGUUCGAGGGCAAAAAGACGAAAAACAUGUUCCUCACACGCGCUCUGGAGAAGAUCCUGGCCGACAAGGAGGUGAAGAAGGCGCAUCACUCCCAGCUGCGCAAAGCCUGCGAGGUGGCACUGGAGGAAAUCAAAGAAGAGUCAGAGAAAUUAAGUCCACCCAGCGGAGACGGCAAAUCUGGUUCCAGCACUUUACCGCCAAUCAAAUCAAAGACCAACUUCAUUGAAGCCGACAAGUACUUCUUGCCGUUUGAGCUGGCAUGUCAGUCCAAAUGUCCCCGCAUCGUCAUCACCUCGCUCGACUGUUUACAGAAGCUGAUAGCGUACGGCCACUUGACGGGCAGUGCCCCGGACAACACGACCCCCGGCAAGAAACUCAUCGACAGGAUCAUCGAGACCAUCUGCGCUUGUUUCCAAGGGCCGCAGACGGAUGAGGGUAUUCAGCUACAGAUUAUUAAGGCUCUGCUGACAGCAGUAACCUCUCAGCACAUAGAAAUCCACGAGGGCACUGUCCUGCAGGCCGUCCGCACAUGCUACAACAUCUACCUGGCCAGCAAGAACCUCAUCAACCAGACCACAGCAAAGGCCACGCUCACACAGAUGCUCAACGUCAUCUUUGCACGGAUGGAGAAUCAAGCACUUACAAAUCACAAGCUAUCUUGGUCUCUGGCCUCCAGAAAGCGUGACCGCCAGCUGCAGGAAGCGAAGCAGCUGGAGAGAGAGCGACACCGGCAGCACUCCCCGGUCACCCAGCACACCGAGCCAGACUCCCCUCAGCUGCAGUCUCACACCCACCCACCCGGCAAGGGUUCGAGCCAGGAGGCCAACGGACCCGUCAGCCCUCCGACUCCCAGCAUCAACAUCCCAUCCACCCCGUCCACCCCUUCGACACCGGCCGCAGAGGGCAGCAUCAGGUCGGUGUCUGGGGAGCAGGAGGAGCAGGGGCCUGUGUAUGAGAGCCCAGAUCCAGAGAAUGGCUCUGAUUUCUGUGUGGCCGAAAAUGAACAGACUGAGGCCGACCAAGCUACUGCAGCAGCACAGAAUGGAGCAGCCCAGCAGCAUCCAGAGGCAGGCGAGGAGGAGGAGGAGUCGCCAAACUAUGAAGAGAAAGCCCAGGAAAUAGUGCAGAGUAUUCUGCAGGAGGUCAUCAAUACUGUUGCAGGAGGGCACUGUCUGGACCCGGCGAACCUCUGCUCUGACACAAAGGAAUCUGGCGGCGAGGGCGAACCGGCAGAGUCGGAGCCGGCUGAAGCAGUGACGGAGGGCACCCAGAGCUCCCUGGAUGACGAGGGCACCCUGGGUAGCGACAGUGAGCACGUCCACGCCAACGGCAUCCCCGGCACGCCCAUCUCAGCCAGUUUCACCCCAUCGCUGCCUGAUGACAGACUGUCUGUCUCAUCCAAUGACACUCAGGAAUCAGGAGCUGCACCGGGACAGCCACCGGGCGCUAAAUUCUCCCACAUCCUCCAGAAAGAUGCCUUCCUCGUCUUUCGCUCUCUCUGCAAGUUGUCGAUGAAGCCGCUGUCAGAUGGACCACCUGAUCCCAAGUCCCACGAGCUGCGAUCGAAGGUCCUGUCCCUCCAGCUGCUUCUGUCCAUCCUGCAGAACGCCGGGCCCAUCUUCAAGACCAACGAGAUGUUCAUCAACGCCAUCAAGCAGUACCUCUGCGUGGCCCUGUCCAAGAACGGCGUCUCCUCCGUGCCUGAGGUCUUCGAGCUCUCGCUUUCCAUUUUCCUCACGCUGCUCUCCCACUUCAAGACCCACCUCAAGAUGCAAAUCGAGGUGUUCUUCAAGGAGAUUUUCCUGUACAUUCUUGAGACGUCCACAAGCUCAUAUGACCACAAGUGGAUGGUCAUACAAACCCUCACUAGAAUAUGUGCAGAUGCCCAGAGUGUGGUGGACAUCUAUGUGAACUACGACUGUGACUUGAAUGCUGCUAACAUAUUCGAGCGGCUGGUCAACGACCUCUCGAAAAUUGCACAGGGUCGCGGGGGCCACGAGCUUGGCACAACACCACUGCAGGAGCUGACCCUGAGAAAGAAAGGUCUCGAAUGUCUCGUGUCCAUCCUGAAAUGUAUGGUGGAGUGGAGUAAAGACCAAUACGUCAACCCCAACUCGCAGACGAGCCUCGGCCAAGAGAAACCAGCAGAGCAGGAGAGCACAGAGACCAAAGCUCCUGAGACCAUAAACCGCUAUGGAAGUAUCAACUCUCUGGACUCCACAGCCUCAUCUGGCAUUGGCAGCUACAGCACCCAAAUGUCAGGCACUGACAACCCCGAGCAGUUUGAGGUCCUCAAACAGCAAAAGGAGAUCAUCGAGCAGGGCAUUGAUCUGUUCAACAAGAAACCAAAGAGAGGAAUCCAGUACCUUCAAGAGCAAGGCAUGCUGGGUACAACCCCAGAGGACCUGGCUCAGUUCUUGCACCAGGAAGAGAGGCUUGACUCGACACAAGUGGGAGAGUUCCUAGGGGAUAAUGACCGUUUCAAUAAAGAGGUGAUGUACGCCUACGUGGAUCAAAUGGACUUCCUGGGUAAAGACUUUGUCUCCGCUCUGAGGACGUUCUUGGAGGGAUUCCGGCUCCCCGGUGAGGCCCAGAAGAUCGACCGGCUCAUGGAGAAGUUUGCAGCAAGAUAUCUGGAGUGCAACCAGGGACAAACUCUCUUUGCCAGUGCUGACACGGCUUAUGUCCUCGCCUACUCGAUCAUUAUGUUGACGACAGACCUUCACAGCCCGCAGGUGAAGAAUAAAAUGACAAAGGAGCAAUACAUCAAGAUGAACCGCGGCAUCAACGACAGCAAAGACCUGCCCGAGGAAAAUCUCUCGGCCAUCUAUGACGAGAUCGCCGGGAAAAAGAUCGCCAUGAAGGAGACGAAAGAGAUCACGAUGAAAUCCAACAAGCACAGUGUGGCAAGUGAGAAGCAGAGGCGUCUGCUGUACAACGUGGAGAUGGAGCAGAUGGCCAAGACGGCGAAGGCGCUGAUGGAAGCCGUCAGCCAUGUCCAGGCUCCCUUCACCAGCGCCACCCAUCUGGAGCACGUCAGGCCCAUGUUCAAGCUGGCGUGGACACCCUUCCUGGCUGCUUUCAGCGUGGGUCUUCAGGACUGUGAUGACACCGAGGUGGCCUCUCUGUGUCUUGAAGGCAUCCGCUGGGCCAUCAGGAUAGCGAGCAUCUUCUCCAUACAGUUGGAGAGGGACGCGUACGUCCAGGCGCUGGCCAGGUUCACCCUGCUCACUGCCAGCUCCGGCAUCUCAGAGAUGAAGCAGAAGAACAUCGACACCAUCAAGACCCUCAUCACUGUGGCACACACUGAUGGCAACUAUCUGGGCAACUCCUGGCACGAGAUCAUGAAGUGCAUCAGUCAGUUGGAGCUGGCUCAGCUGAUCGGCACGGGGGUGAAGGCACGCUACAUCUCAGGGACGGUGCGGGGCAAAGAGGGGUUUCUUACAAGUACCAAGGAGCAGAGCAACGAUGAGUACCUGGGUCUAGUCGGAGGGACAGUGGACCGCAAGCAGAUUGCCAGCAUUCAGGAAUCCAUUGGCGAGACCAGCUCUCAGAGUGUGGUGGUCGCAGUCGACAGGGUGUUCACAGGUUCUACCAGACUGGACGGCAACGCAAUAGUUGAUUUUGUGCGCUGGCUGUGUGCUGUGUCCAUGGAUGAGCUGGCCUCGCCCACACACCCACGUAUGUUCAGCCUGCAAAAAAUAGUGGAGAUCUCCUACUACAACAUGGGCCGCAUCCGGCUGCAGUGGUCCAGGAUCUGGGAGGUCAUCGGGGACCACUUCAACAAGGUCGGCUGUAACUCCAACGAAGACGUGGCGAUCUUCGCCGUUGACUCUCUCAGGCAACUGUCCAUGAAGUUUCUGGAGAAGGGGGAACUGGCUAAUUUCAGAUUCCAGAAAGACUUCCUGAGGCCUUUCGAGCACAUCAUGAAAAAGAACAGGUCUCCCACCAUCAGAGACAUGGUGGUGCGCUGUAUAGCCCAGAUGGUUAACUCCCAGGCGGCAAACAUCCGCUCGGGCUGGAAGAACAUCUUCUCCGUCUUUCACCUGGCCGCCUCGGACCAGGACGAGGGCAUUGUGGAGCUGGCCUUCCAGACCACGGGCCACAUCGUCACGAAUGUAUUUGAGAAGCACUUUGCGGCCACCAUCGACUCCUUCCAGGACGCCGUUAAGUGUCUGUCGGAGUUUGCCUGUAACGCCUCGUUCCCCGACACCAGCAUGGAAGCCAUCCGCCUCAUUCGACACUGCGCCAAAUACGUCUCAGAGAGGCCGCAGGCCUUUAAAGACUACACCAGUGAUGACAUGAAUGUAGCGCCUGAGGACCGCGUGUGGGUGCGGGGAUGGUUCCCAAUUCUCUUCGAGCUCUCCUGCAUCAUCAACAGGUGUAAGCUGGAUGUCAGGACCAGGGGCCUAACCGUGAUGUUUGAAGUGAUGAAGACCUACGGGCACACCUUUGAAAAGCACUGGUGGCAGGACCUGUUCAGAAUCGUCUUCAGGAUCUUCGACAACAUGAAGCUGCCCGAGCAACAGACGGAGAAAGCCGAGUGGAUGACCACCACCUGCAACCAUGCACUUUAUGCCCUCUGUGAUGUCUUCACCCAAUAUUUUGAGUCCCUCAAUGAUGUCCUGCUGGACGAUAUUCUGGCUCAGCUCUACUGGUGUGUGCAGCAAGAUAAUGAGCAGCUUGCCCGUUCAGGCACCAACUGUCUGGAGAAUGUGGUCAUCCUGAACGGAGAGAAGUUUUCCCCCGAGACCUGGGACAAGACAUGUAACUGCAUGCUGGACAUCUUCAAGACCACCAUCCCUCACGCGCUGUUAACAUGGAGACCUGAGGGAGAACACCUGACAACCCAGAGUCUGUCUGACAAACAGUUGGACUCUGUUUCCCAGAAGUCAGUGGACAUCCAGUCCCGCUCUGACGACCAGCAUUCCAUAAGCAGCGCCGAUAGGGUUGCCACGGAGAACCGGCGGCAGAGUCAGUUCAGCGCAGCAUCAGGCAUGUGUGAGGACGGCUCCAGGAGCAGGACCCCAACAAAGGUCCAGGAGCAGCUGCUGUUCUCAGCUUUGCUGAUAAAGUGUGUCGUGCAGCUGGAGCUCAUCCAGACCAUUGAUAACAUCGUGUUUUUUCCUGCCACCAGUAAGAAGGAAGAUGCAAAGAACUUUGCUGCUGCUCAGCGGGACGCUAUCUGUGCACCAGACGUCCCUGUGGACACCCAGGACCAGGGCAUGUAUCAGUACCUGACGUCUGAGCAGCUCUUCAAGCUGCUCGACUGUCUGCUGGAGUCCCACCACUUCGCCAAAGCUUUCAACUCCAACAACGAGCAGAGGACUUCACUGUGGAAAGCAGGUUUCAAAGGAAAGUCGAAGCCCAACCUGUUGAAGCAGGAGACCAGCAGCCUGGCCUGUGGCCUCCGCAUCCUGUUUCGUAUGUACACAGACGAGAGCCGCCAAGACGCCUGGGCCGAGGUCCAGAGACGACUUCUCAGUGUGUGCAGCGAGGCUGUAGCGUACUUCCUGGCCCUGACCUCAGAGAGCCACAGAGAGGCCUGGACCAACCUGCUGCUGCUCUUCCUCACCAAGGUGCUGAAGAUCAGCGAUGAAAGGUUCAAGGCUCAUGCGUCCAGGUACUACCCUCUGCUCUGUGAGAUCAUGCAGUUCGACCUGAUCCCAGAGCUGCGCACGGUUCUUAGAAAGUUCUUCUUGCGGAUCGGCCUCGUGUUCAACAUCGCACAGCUGCCCGAGCCCGAACCGGAGCCUCAGCCACCGCAUAUUGGGCAGGAAGUGGACCUGGAGGAGGCAGAGGAGGCCGGGGAGGAGGCCCAGUGACGCUGCACCACAAACAGCCUGGAAGACAGAGCUGCACCGAGGCCUCCGCCUCGCGGGGCCGCGCCGUGGCUUCGUCACCUCAGCGUUCUCCGCGGGGUCUCUGUCGAACUCUUGGCCUGAACAGCCCGAUUAUCAGUCGGCUCUCUGCUACCACCCACCCGCACCCUUAACCCUGUGACCACAAACACACAAACACAUCUACACAAACACACACGCAGCCCAGAUGGAGUUCUAUAUAUCCCAAUAAAAACAGUCAUGUCUUGUUCAAGGUGUAGCGAUGCCUCCACUGGAUAAAACUACUGAUAAACAACUGACAGUCACUCAUAUCUCUGGUCUGCUCAGAGGGAAUAUAUUUCAAAAACAUGUGCUUCUUACUGUAUAUUUAAAACGUAAAGAACGAACGGUUUCAAACUACAUGCAAACAGACAUAUUCAGUAACUCUGAAAUGUGGCAUUUGUCACACAUUGAUAGUAAUGACCUUUCUGUGAGCGCAGCAGAAGGCUAACAUUAGCAUUGACAGCCUCUUGGAUGAAACUAGUUGUACAGAUCUGCCGCUAUGUAAUAUAAUCUUAUAACACUAGAUUUCAUCUAUUUUUGUUUAUUUCUUUCUUCUCCUCCUAUGGAUUUGCUGCACUUGAUCUCUUUUUUGAAUGCACUGGAGAUUUUACUUUGUGAUAAUUUAUUUUGACUCUACCCUCUUGUGCAGAUUGUCCUACACAGUACAAUUAGUAUUUUGAGCAAGACCACGGAAAGUGAAGGGUUAAAUUAUUCCAUUUUAUAUGUCGUUAGGUUUGUCACAGAGUGAGAUGAUAACUGGGCUUCUGGGACCGGAGGACGAGAGGGCGACCCGAUGCUAGCUGCUUGUACGUCACCUGUCUGUUUUCAUGUUUGAGUUUAGUUUUCACUCCUGUGUACAAAAUCAAAAGUUAAUAAUAUAUUUCAUGUUUUUUCUUUUCCUUUGGUUUGCGGGAUGGUAAAAUGUAUAGAGAAGAUGAGAAACGUUAGCUGUGCUUUAAGUAUGAAUGGGGAAGCGUUCCUGCUCAUGGAUGUAGAAAACAAAAUGUAUAUGAUACAGCAAUGUAAAGUUUUCUAUGUUGCAAAAAAGAUUAUGUACAACUUUCUGUACGAUACAUCAUCUGGCAUCCUAAUCAGGUUCUAGGUCAAUAAAGUUUUUGAACUUG